GUAUGCUCCUGUUAUUUAUUUUCUUAAUCGAAAUCAUAAUUUGUGAGUUGAUCUAAAAAUGUGAUGUUUCUGAACUCUGUGAAACAAUGUAACAUCCCAUAGAUGCUAGACUACAUUUUACAAUUCACUCACAUUUAGAACCCUUUUAAUCUUACACCUUUCAUCAGUAUUAAAAAGGAGUGUAUAGUGAUAAGUAUUCCAAAACUAUUUGUGUUGAGUGUAUAUAUGAAUAGAUCAUAGAAUCAAUGCAAAAAUAUCCAGAAUUUACAUAUGUAAUAGGGGAGAUUUGUUAUUUUAAAGAGUUUUAUGAAAGUUAAAAUGAAAGUCAAUAAAAUAUUAUCAAACAAUUUAUUUAAUAAGGUAGGAUAGAAAUAGUAAAUGGAGGUUGGGUAUAAAAUGAUUAAGCAAGUUCAAACUAUUAAGAUAUCAUUGUAUAAUUGUAAAUAGGCCAUUAAUGGGUUUAUCAUUUAUUUAAUUAAUCAAUAUAAACUGCUUGGAAUAUAGAUUCAUUUGGACAUUCAUACACAUAGAGUGGUCUCAAUUAUCUAUUCAAUAUGAAAUAAUAAAUUAUAGAAAGAGUUGAUGUAAAUGAUAUCAUAUAAAGAGUAAAAAAAGGGAGAUUAGAAUUUAUUUAGCAUAUUAAACCUUAUGAUUAUUAAAUUUUAACUCAUUUAAGAUUUAAGAGACAUUCUUAAAUUCAUAUUAAUUAAUCAAAACUUAGUGAUAAUACUUAAUGUAUUCAACUUUAUAAUUAACUAAAAGAAUUUGAAUAAUUAAUAUAUUACUAAAAAUAAGGUGGUCUAGGUAAUAUAUUAUUUCAUUAUAGUGGUGAUACAUUUUAAUUUAUUAAUGAAACAAAUAUAGAAUCUUAAAAUCUUAUAAUAGAAUUCUAUGAAUUAUUUCAAUGUCGUCAAUUAAAAAUAUUAUGGUCUACUCCAUCUUAAUUUUUCAAUGAUUUGAAAUCUUCUUAAUCAUUUACAUAAAUCUCACAUAAAUAUUCUGAUUUUCUACCACAUUUUGAAGAUGGUGUAUAUUUCAAUGCUAUGUAUACAACUCACCCAUAAUUUAAAAGAUUUCUAAGAACCAUCUCUUAUUAAUUAUAAGCUUUCCAUCUAUAUACAAUACAACAUAAAUUAAUGUCUAUUUCACUUUAAAAAUUAACAGAACUUAUUUCAUUAUCAUAACAUCAUGAUGGAAUUUCAGCAACAGCUAGAUAUUAAGUUUUAGAUGAUUUGUAAUAAUAAAUAGAAAAUUAAUUUGAAGAUUUAAAAUAAAAAAUUAAUAAUUAUUCACAUAAUAAAUUUGAAUUAAUUGGUUAAUUAAAACAUACCUAUAAAUAAACAAAAAGAAUUAUUUUAGAUUGUUCACAAAAUUCUAAAUGUGUUUUAGAAUAUUUUAUAAAAAAUAGAAGAUUGAAAUCUGUUAUUGUUUUAAUCUAUAAUCCUUAACAUACUUAAACUAAAAUUAUAGAAUUAGAAGUUCCCUCUAGAAAUGUAUAAAUUUUAUCUUAAGAUUUAAUACUUAUACCACAAUAAGAAGUUAAAGUUAACAAUGAAACAAAUAUUUUGACAUUCUAAACUCAUCUUAAUGGAUAUAGUGAAUAAUAAUUUGUUUUAAAUUUUGAUUGUUCAAUUGAAUGUGCCCCUAUUAAUGAAUUUUAAUUACAUUUAGAUUUAAGUGAAUAAAUUAAAUAAUUAGAAAAAUAAUUUUCAUAUGGUGAACCUAUUGAAACUAUUAGUUGGACUGAAAUUAUUUAGAAUGUCACUUUAGAAAUAUAAAGAUAAGGAAUAGAUUAUGAAUUUAUAUUCACUCAUCUCAAUCAUUCCUUUUCUAUCAAAUACAAUUAUUAUCCUAAUUCAAAAUCUUAAUCUGAAAAAUAGAUAAUCAAAUCCCCUGGAAAAUCAGUAUUAAUGAGUGAUUUCAAUAAUGGAGGACUCAUAUGUGAAUUUGAAAAGAUGUAUACAUUAAAAUAAAAUACUUUUUUCUAAGAAGUAAUACUUUAAUGUGGUAAAAUCUAUACACUUAGUCUUCUCUUUAUUCAAGAUGGAAUUGAAUUAAGAACUUCAAUGUAUGCAAAUACACUUACAAUGGGAGAUUACACAAUGAUGAUAACAUUUUAGAAUAUUACUCAAGAUUCUAAUUUUUAUACUGAUUCAAAUGGUUUAUAUCCCAUAUAGAGAGAACGAUUCAAAAGAGAAGAUUAUGAACCAAUAUGUUAAGAAAAUGAUUAAAUCAAUUGUAAUGUUUAUCCAUUUACAGCCUAUGCAUUAUUAUAAUCAAAUAAUUUAGUGGCUUCUAUCAUCACAGAUAGAUCAUAAGGAGUCUUUAAUUUAAAUUCUCAAACUAUUGAAAUUAUUAUAGAACAUCUAGCUGGAGAUGAUGGAGUAGGUGAAGCUUGUGCAAAAAGAAAUAAUCAUUUAUUUAGACAUUUCAUUUAAUUUAAUCCUUAAUGUCUUAGAUGUAAAUGGAAUGAAUUUAUGUUUACUAAUGAAUUCAUUCGAUUAAGUAACGAAUUCUCUUCCUUUUAAUAUAAAUAAAUUAUCCAUUCAAGAUAACUUAGAUUAUAAUUUCAUAGAACUAAUUUUGAUCAAAUUUUAUUAUAUGCUGAAAAUCUUUAAGAAACUUUUGAUAAUUCCUCAUUACAAAAUAAUACAAUUACCAUAAAUACAACUUUAAUUGAGAAUAUAUUAUCAAUUGAGAACAUCACCUUGUAAGACACAUACUUAAAUGGAAUUCCAUAAUAAUAAACAGAACCUUCAUUGAUUCUCUUACCUUUGGAAAUAAGAACAUAUAUUGUAAACCAAUGA